AUGAACCUCCGUUAUUAUUAUUCUACACCAGACACCCAAACGUCUCCUCAGUUGUCAGUCGCCGUUGCAAUAUCCUGCUCAACUCCAUAUUUGAGUCGAUUGCUCAAGAUGGGAGGUGGCCCCAAAGUUCGCUAUCCCAAGCAUGUCUGGUCGCCGGCUGGUGGCUGGUACUCACAACCGGCAAACUGGAAAACCAAUACCGCGAUAGUCGGCGUAGUCAUGUUUGGUAUUACUGCUAUGGCCUUUAAAGUUUCCUCAGAAAGAGAAUUCCGGACCAAUUUUCCAGAACAAGGCAGAUUCUUUCCGAGUCGGUGGUGGAGCAAACAACUUGUGGAACACGAAAAGAAAUUGGCCACGGGAAACAAGUCAUGA